UGCGAUAGUUCUAGGUUCUCCAGAAAAUAUACCAGUCAUAGGAAGGUUGCCAGACCUGGCACCAAAUCAGCUGAUGGCGUCAAAACAGCUUUUUGGCGCUCUUAAAAAUUAUUAUGUUUAUUAAUUGUGGUAAAUUGUGUUAAAUAUGCACUGAAUGGAUAACCAACCGGAAAAAAUUACCAACUGCUUUUUGCCCCAACUUGUGGAUCAAAUCUUUGACAAUCUUCAAAGGAAAGUGGCAAUUACUACUCCAACCAAAGAAACCCGGAGUCAAUUUUUUUACGAUUUAAGUGUCUUGCUUGGAGAAGAGUUGGUGAGACGUACACUUCAACUGUUGGACGUGUAUAGAUUUACAUAUUAUUAUGCCAAACACAGACAAAAUCAGUGCGUGGUAGAGCUCUACAAGGGAACAGAAUACUUUCGGUUACUGCCAAAGAUCAAUUAUUGCAAGUGCGAUUUCUUCCAGAGUUAUGUUCUUCAGCUGCCCACAGGACUACUUUACCCGGACAUACCUACUAGCCAAGAGUUUGAAUUAGCCGGUUGGAACGAGGUCAGUAGGCAGUCCUACACAUGCCAGCACGUUCUGGGAUUACGCUUGCAACAGUUACUCAAACUAAGUGACCAGAAAGUUAACGAAAAGAUUCUUUAUCCGGCGGAAUUUCGAGAGAUUUACCUUUCUAUAUUUGAGGACUAG